AUGGAUAAGAGUGAAAAGAAACCCAUGGAAGAUGUCUCAGAAAAUAAUUUGAGUGAACAAGACAUUGCUGUUUUGGACGAUAAAAAAUCAACACUAUUUUUAGUGCUAUUCUAUUUUUGUCAAGCUCAAGAUAUUGUAUUUCCAGAUGAAUUUGAAGAAAUUCAGCGGCAAAGUAGAUUUCAGAACUAUUAUCCAGGACCAAAACCGUUGCCCCAACCAAGGAACCCAACAUUUCAAACGAAUGUUGGAUCACGUAAAAAACUUCCACCAUUCUUUCAUACAUUCCUAGUACCACUUAAAGACUUUCAAGACAAAAUGUCAAAAGGAACAACGCAAUUGACUUUGAAUCUUGAUAAAAUAAUGAGAAGUCAAUAUCCCAAUCAAAACCUUGUUUUCUCACCUCUGAGUUUGCAAAUGUUACUUGCGAAUAUUCUUUUGGCGUCUAGUGGGCAAACUUUUGAUGAAAUCAGCAACAUUUUUAAUAUGGACAGGAAGAUCUUCGUAAACUCAGAGAAAAAUUUUCAUGAAAAUUUCGGGAAACUUAUUGAGAAAACGUUUUAUAGUAAUAAACCUGGAGCGCCCAAAGUUAACUAUGGCACAGGAGUGUUCUUAGCGAUGAACAAUAACUACACUUUUGGCACAACUUUUUCUGCAAGGAGCGAGGACUUUUAUAAAACUCAUUUGGAGAUUGUUGAUUUUCAAAAUGGAGCUCAAAAAAUUAUCAAUAAUUGGGUGAAAAGUGAAACACGAGGUCUGAUUCCUUCGAUUUUAGAUGGCCCACCAAGGUUGGAUACUAAAGCUAUCAUUGCAUCGGCUUUAUACUUCAAAGGCGAUUGGGAAAAGCGUUUUGAUCGUGCUGCAAAGUCCAGAUUUUUCAUCAAUAACAAUCAAAUUACUGUUAAUAUGAUGUCUCGCGAAGGGGAAUUUAAGUAUUACUCAGAUUGGAAUCUUAAAUUGGAUAUAAUUUCUCUCCCAUACGAGGGUUCACAGGUUUCCAUGUAUGUUGUGAUACCAAAAGAUAAAGGAACGGUUGCUCUAAAAAAUAUGAAAGAUAAAUUAACACCCGACAUUAUCGAUAAAUUAAUCGGAAAUAUGCAAGAAACAAAGUUGAAAAUUUUCCUUCCAAAAAUGGAUCUCUCUAGUGAUCUAGACUUUACGAAAGCUCUGAAUAAUAUGGGUCUCAGAUCGUUGACUGACCCAGAAAGAGCUGAUUUGACCUUUUUAACAUCUAGCGAAAGGUGGGAAUUAUCCAUUGAUACAAUGAGAAUAAAUCAAGACCGGAAAAAUAUGCAUGUAUAUUUUGAUCAAAUCAUUCAAAAAGUCAAAAUAUCUGUAUCCGAAGAAGGCACUGAAGCAGCUGCAGUUGCAGGUGGUGUGACCUUACGAGACUUGGGACCACAAGUUGUCAAAGCUGAUCAUCCAUUUUUAUUCUUCAUUAGAAAUAAUGAUACCAAAUCUAUUUUAUUCUAUGGCAGCAUCAUUAAUCCUAAUUCAAAAUAA